AGAGAGAGAGAGAGAGAGAGAGAGAGAGAGAAGGUCCUGUGCAGAAGGUCUUAGGAUUUCUCACCGUCCACGAUGCUGCGCUCCUUCGCCAGGCAGAUCCUUAGGAGGGACUUAGUGUCUCUCCCUCAGCUGCUCAGGAGGGCAGAGUUACACGUAGGGGUCGUUGGAGCACCUUUCAACAAAGGCCAGCGUCGAAUGGGUGUAAAGGAUGGCCCGUCCGUGAUCAAGGACACCGGGUUCCUAGACGACCUACGCAAUCUCGGAGUGGACGUGACCGACUACGGGUCCGUAAACCUCCCUUUCCCGGAGGAUAACGAGGCAGGACCUGCUGGCGAGCGAUGGCACAAAACGGUCCUGGAGUACAACCGCCUGCUGGCAAAUUCGGUCACCAAGGCCCUGAAGGAGACUGAUCUCUGUCUUACCCUGGGAGGCGACCACUCUAUAGCGAUCGGUACCGUCAACGGCCACAGUCAAGUUAACCCCGAUCAUCAGGUAGUCGUGCUUUGGGUCGAUGCCCACGCCGACGUCAACCUGGGCAAGACUUCACCUUCGGGAAAUAUGCACGGGAUGCCCGUCUCUUUCCACCUCAGGGAGUUGGCUGAGAUGGUUAACCGGCUGCCGGAUCAGUGGCCGCAACCGUGCAUCUCCGCACAACACAUCAGUUACAUUGGACUGAGGGAUUUGGACCCUGGCGAGGUACGGAUGAUUAAAGACAUGGGUAUCCAAGCAUUCUGGGCCAGUGAUGUCGAACGCGUAGGACUGCCAGCUGUUCUGAGCAUGUGUAUGGAGCAUCUGCAGCCCUCGGAGAAACGGCCCCUCCAUAUAUCCUUUGACAUCGAUGCUCUGGAUCCUAUGGAGGCCCCGAGUACAGGAACGCCAGUGCGAGGCGGACUAACCUUACGAGAGGGCUUGAACAUCGUGGAGGUAGCACGAGCCACAGGACACCUUCGCGCCUUCGACAUGGUUGAAGUGAAUCCCGACUUGGGCAACCAGAAUGAUGCCAACCUCACCUCACAGGCUGCUCGCCUCGUCAUCUUAUCUGCCCUGGCUGGAUAUAGGGGUGCCUAGUUCAGUCAUCCCUGGACAGAGAGUGCAGAGAGAGAGAGAGAGAGAGAGAGAGAGAGAGAGAGAGAGAGAGAGAGAGAGAAAGAAAGAAAGAGAGA